AUGGAUUUGGACUUGAUCAAGACUCUUGGGUGUGUCGUCCUCAAGGGCAAAUACAUCGAUAAUAUAGCUGAAAGCUCACUUUCACCAUCUCCACAAAAGCCAAAUACCCCAUACCAUGUCACAGUAUUUUCGAAAGCCGAAAUCAGGGAGUUGGAUGACCAACAACAAAUGCAAAUUGAGCAACUGUUUGAGGAACCUUUCAACCUACAACUACCAAUCGAUCUGGGAGUCGCCAUACAUGGUUCCGUCGCAUUCAAUGUGCUGUUCUGGCCAGAAGGAAACAGAAUUAGACAGCGAUUUGGACUACCUAGCAAAGACUUGCAUAUCACCUUGUCGCGACAGAAUAACCACAACAUCGGCAAAGGCAUUCAUGCUAUCACUCAUUGCAAAACCUUAACAACGGAGCAAGCAUGGCGACUACUAUUCAAAUUCUCGAGUAAGACAGAAAGUUCUAAGCUUGCUUAUGAGUACCUGGACCUCUUUCCCAAUAGUGUCGCUGCAUUGCUGCGUGCGGCACAACAUUGUGAGAUGCCGCGCCAAGCAAAACAUGCCAUGUUCAUGUUUGCUCAAGCAGCAUGUCUGAUGUCCAAUAAAAGUGAAACGAUACAAUCACAGUGUGUCGAGGCUCUGGUGAGAUGUUCGGCACACACAGAGUUCGGCUCGUUUCUUCUGGACCACGAAACCGAAGAUUGGAAAGACAAUCGACCCUUCUACUCGACAUACGGAGACGUUUUUCAGAAUUCUGCCCUACGCCGCCUUAUUCAGACGGAGGUCUCCAGGAGUAGGGCUAUUGCGGAAGACGCAAGCUUGCUCUCAAAGCUUCCUUCUGUAGCCUCCAAUCAAGAUGUAUUUACACCACUACAAGGAGAACUCUACAGGCUACCGAGGUUCUUUCGGUGGUUGACACCCUUCAGACUCGCCGUUAUGAGUACGCCACGCUCUCGAGAAGAUAUUGAGGCGCUUGCAGCUCUGGGCAUAAGAUUAGUCGUCACUCUAACAGAAGAAGAGCCAUUACCAGCGGAAUGGUUUGAGAAUACGCCUUGUCGAAAUUUAUUCUUGCCUGUCCGGAAUUACCAAGCACCCACAAACGAGCAAGUGGACACAUUCAUCCGGUCCAUGGACGAUUUACCAGUUGAGGAAGCUGCCUUGGUUCACUGUGGCGGUGGCAAAGGCCGCGCUGGUACUUUUGCUGCAUGCUACCUCAUUGCUAGAGGAUUCGAAAUCACUUCGUCCAAAAGCAUCACCGGUGAAGAACAUAUCCGUAUAUAUCCUGCGGAUGCCAUGAAGAUCCUGCGUCAUAUGCGCCCUGGCAGCAUUGAAACAACUGAACAGGAGACAUUCAUCAAGGAUUAUGCACAAUAUCUCAUAAGCGGUAAAGAGAAAGUUGUUGUACAAGAAACAAUGAUCUCAGAAUCACAAGACUCACUUGAGCUCAAUGGGGAAUUGCCUGGGACUCCUUCCAUGAUAGUAUGCUGCGGCAUACCCGGCUCAGGCAAAAGCACAUUCGCAUCACACCUCGUGACUCGUGGAUACACUGUAAUCUCUCAAGACGAACUAGGUAGCAAAACUGCUUGUCUCAAUGCUUUGUCUAAUGCUUUGGAGAGAGGACAGAAGAUUAUCGUGGACAGAUGCAACCCGUACGUCGAGGAUAGAGAACAGUGGUUGGCACAUGCUUUCCACCCGAAAGACGCGCUUUGUGUUCAAUUCGAUGUUGCUCCCGAAUUGUGUGUCCGCAGAGCUGACGCUCGAACGAAUCAUCCAACCAUUGCACCGGGAAGAGCUAAGAGAAUUGUGCAUUCGUUCGUCAAGACCCUUGUCCCGCCGACUAAAAAGGAAAAGUUCGCUUGCAUCGCCAGAGUAUCAUCUAGUGUUGCUGCUUCUGACCUCUUAUCGAGGCUUGCAUCUGACAUGCCGGAAAGACCAUUUAUCCAUAAGUUCCCACGGACCAGGCAUCUCUUCAACAUCGGCUCUGCGUCCCGUGACGACCUGAUCCUGUCCUCUUCUGACGCCCAAGCCUUCCUUCAAGCAUCUAACUCGUCUACAACAAUUGCUGUCGAAGAAAAAGUCGAUGGAGCAAAUCUUGGCAUCAGUCUUGACUUUUCCGGCGCAUUCAAAGUACAGAAUCGUUCGCAUUACGUGAACAGAAAGUCGCAUGCCCAAUUCAAAAAGCUGGACAAGUGGUUGGAUGACCAUUAUGAAGGAUUGAGCGCUGUACUGGACUCGGAACAUAGCCACCCUGGCAGGUGGAUUUUGUAUGGCGAGUGGCUAUAUGCCAAGCACUCGAUUCAUUACACCACUCUUCCAGAUCUCUUCCUCGCUUUUGAUCUCUUCGACACCGAAACAAGCACUUUUCUGAGCCGAGAUGCACUGAGCGAAAGACUCAAAGGCACAAACAUACACCAAGUCAGUCGUCUCGAGCCAGAAAGCUUGGAUGAGCAGUCGCUAAUCGACUUGGUAAGGACACAGAAGUCGAGUUUUUAUGAUGGUGUCAUAGAGGGAGUCUACCUUCGCAGACAGAAGGACGGCAAGACGAUUGACCGUGCUAAAAUUGUUCGUUCGGACUUCAUUGCAGGAGACGAGCAUUGGAACCGUAGAGGUGUGGUUCCAAAUACUUUCAUAGCAUAUGAAUGA